GUAAUAGGAUUGUGGCUGCUCUAUGGGGCGUGGCCAUGGUCUCCAGGCAGGCGACUGGGGCUUAGCAACUCUGACCACCCGCCUGCUGGGAAGCCGGAGCCCCCAGUCCAGCCCACACCCUGUGUCCCUGGGGAAGCCUCAGGUACAUGGAAUGGUGCUGUGCUCCAGGCCAGCAGGCCGGGCUCAACAUGGUGCUGGGGGCCAUCUUGGCACGAGGGAAGGAUGUGUGCCGACGCAAUGGGCUGCUCAUCCUGUCAGUGCUGUCUGUCAUCGUGGGCUGCCUCCUCGGCUUCUUCCUGCGGACCCGGCGCCUCUCACCCCAGGAAAUUAGUUACCUGCAGUUUCCUGGGGAGCUCUUAAUGAGGAUGUUGAAGAUGCUGAUAUUGCCAUUGGUGGUGUCCAGCUUAAUGUCAGGCCUCGCUUCUCUGGAUGCCAAGACUUCCAGCCGCCUGGGUAUCCUGACCGUGGCUUACUACCUGUGGACCACUUUCCUGGCCGUCGUCGUGGGCAUCAUCAUGGUAUCCAUCAUCCAUCCUGGGGGUGCAGCCCAGAAGGAGACCACAGAGCAGAGCGGGAAGCCGGUCAUGAGCUCGGCCGAUGCCCUGCUGGACCUCAUCCGAAACAUGUUCCCGGCCAACCUGGUGGAAGCCACAUUCAAGCAGUACCGCACCAAGACCACCCCGGUUGUCAAGUCCCCCAGAGUGGUCCCGGAGGAGGCCCCUGCUAGGCGGAUCCUCAUCUACGGGGUCCAGGAAGAGAACGGCUCCCGCGUGCAAAACUUUGCCCUGGACUUGACCCCGCCGCCCGAGGUGGUCUACAAGUCAGAGCCUGGCACCAGCGAUGGCAUGAAUGUGCUGGGCAUCGUCAUCUUCUCGGCCACUAUGGGCAUCAUGCUGGGCCGCAUGGGUGACAGCGGGGCCCCCCUGGUCAGCUUCUGCCAGUGCCUCAACGAGUCUGUCAUGAAGAUCGUGGCCGUGGCUGGGUGGUACUUCCCCUUUGGCAUUGUGUUCCUCAUCGCGGGCAAGAUCCUGGAGAUGGACGACCCCAAGGCCGUGGGCAAGAAGCUGGGCUUCUACGCCGUGACGGUGGUGUGCGGGCUUGUGGUGCACGGGCUCUUCAUCCUGCCCCUGCUCUACUUCCUCGUCACCAGGAAGAACCCCAUUGUCUUCAUCCGCGGGAUCCUGCAGGCCCUUCUCAUCGCGCUGGCCACCUCCUCCAGCUCAGCCACACUGCCCAUCACCUUCAAGUGCCUGCUGGAAAACAAUCACAUUGACCGGCGCGUUGCCCGCUUCGUGCUGCCUGUGGGUGCCACCAUCAACAUGGACGGCACUGCGCUUUAUGAGGCUGUAGCCGCCAUCUUUAUAGCCCAGGUCAACAACUACGAGCUGGACUUCGGACAGAUCAUCACCAUCAGCAUCACAGCCACUGCGGCCAGCAUCGGGGCAGCUGGCAUCCCCCAGGCCGGGCUCGUCACCAUGGUCAUCGUACUGACCUCUGUGGGACUGCCUACCGAUGACAUUAACCUCAUCAUUGCCGUUGACUGGGCUCUGGACCGCUUCCGCACCAUGAUCAACGUGCUGGGUGAUGCGCUGGCUGCGGGAAUCAUGGCUCACAUCUGCCGCAAGGACUUCGCUCAGGACCCGGGCACUGAGAAACCGGGCCCCUGUGAGACCAAGCCAGUGAGCCUCCACGAAAUCGUGGCAACACAGCAGAAUGGCUGCGUCAAGAGCGUGGCCGAGGCCUCGGAGCUGACCCUGGGCCCUGCAUGCCCCCACCAUGUGCCUGUACAGGUGGAGCAGGAUGAGGAGCCAGCCACCACCAGCUUGGACCACUGCACCAUCGAGAUCAGCGAGCUUGAGACCAACGUCUGAGCCUGCAGGGCUGCAGGGGC